AUGGCGAACUCAAAUCCCCAACAAUUUGGCGGCUACUUGCAAGACGGCAUUGAUGAAGAAUCCGACGACGAAGAAUCUCUAGCUUCACUAGAAACCGACGACGGCCAAGAUCACGCCCCGAAACGGAUUCUCACGCAGAUAAAGGACAAAAACCACUUCAUCUGGUAUUUAGUCAAGUGGGAAGAUUGUCCAGUGAUUCGAUCAUCUUGGGAGAGUGCAGACCUAUUCGAAAGUUGUCCUCAGAUUUUAGAAACGUGGUCCAAAGAAUACGAGCUCCAACAGGAAGGGAAAUCUACACCAUUCGACCUAGUUGCUUUUGACAAAGCUGUUCACGAAGCAGAGGUGGCUCGAUCAGACAGACGUGUUUUAAGAAGAUUUAGAAGGAACUUACAGCGUGUCCUUUCUAUUGUUGCCACUUGA